GUCAGGAUUAUCGAGAGAGCGACGCGCAGGCAGGAACGGGUGUUGUGAAGGUGUCAAGUAACCACUAAAUACGAUAUAACGUUUUUAUAAAAUAAGCUUAUCACGUAUCACGUAUCGCGAUUGUCAGUAGACGUUCCACAAGUUAAGACAUGUCAACCCCAGCCAGAAGGAGACUUAUGAGAGAUUUUAAACGGCUACAAGAGGACCCUCCAGCUGGUGUUAGUGGUGCCCCUUCUGAAAACAACAUCAUGGUGUGGAAUGCAGUCAUAUUUGGCCCUGAAGGAACUCCCUUUGAGGAUGGUACAUUUAAACUCAUUGUAGAGUUCACAGAAGAAUACCCCAACAAACCCCCCACAGUACGAUUUGUGUCAAAGAUGUUUCAUCCAAAUGUCUAUGCAGAUGGCAGUAUAUGUUUGGACAUCCUACAGAAUCGCUGGAGUCCCACUUAUGAUGUGUCCUCUAUCCUUACAUCUAUCCAGUCCCUGCUUGAUGAACCAAACCCCAACAGUCCAGCCAACAGCCAGGCAGCUCAGCUGUACCAGGAGAACAAGCGGGAGUACGAGAAGCGUGUGUCUGCCAUUGUAGAACAAAGCUGGAGAGACAGUUGACCUGACAAUACCGAUGGCUGCUCUCUCCAUUGUUAAGCUGUGUGUGCUGCAAGUUUUAGUGGAGUACCUCUUAAUUUCUGGGCCCCCCACCUUUUUGAUUUUAAGCUUUUAUGCACUUUACCUCCAACUUCCCUUCAUAGAUUUUUUUUUUCUGCCCACCAAGAGGGAUUUAUUUUUAUCUGUUCUAUCCCCCUUUUCCAGUCCAUCAGGGGAAACGUGCUGAAUCUUGCCUUGAUGUUUUGUCAGUAUGGACUUUCGGGCCAUUACCCCAAAAUUCUGGUGUGUUCUAACUUGCUGUAAUAACUCACCGUGACUAAUUAUGUUAAAUGUCUUGGGGGUGUAAAAGUCAUGGGUCCUCUUCUGUUUUGCUCCUCAUCUUUUGUCAGUUUGUUUUCAUAUGGCAGUUCGUCUGGGCUCCAAUGUGAUCAUCCUACCUUUCCUUGGGAGAAUGAGCGGCCCUGAGCAUCACGGACUACAAUUAAAUCAGAUGUCUUUACACCAAGUCUUUUGCUGUGUUGUGAACUCUGUUACAUGCAUGACGGAAAGAGUGUAUUCACGUUCCUGUUCAGUAAUCAUGUAUAUAAGAAACCUGCAACUGAAUUUAUGUACAGAUUUUGCACUGGUUGUUCCCCAUGUCAUUUUUUCAGCACUUGUAAAUAAAAAAAAAAGGCAAAUUCA